UGGCUUCUGCAGCUUCUGGACCUCCCCUAUUGAUUUAGUAUAAAUACAAGGUAAAAGAGGAACAUAUAAGGUUGAUGAGUAGUCUUCACAAACCCUCUGCAAAAUGGAAACGGCACAGCUACAAUGGCCAAUGGCCUUACCUGUUAGGCGCCAGCAUUGUCCCAGAGGAGACUCACCGAUCCCUGUUCCGUGCGAUCCAACAUUCCUGAACGCAACUCACGCCUCUCUGCAGGUUGUCCAAGACCAUAAAUCGACCCGAUCCUCCCGGUUAACUGUCACCGUGCUCAACGGCACAGACGGCAAAAGAGUCCCAUUGGUCCUCAAGAGCACAGACACCAUCGGCAAACUUCAGAAGAGUUUCCUACUGAAGCAUCCUGACCUGACGGGAAGCCUGAACCUCGCCUACAACGGCAAGCCCGUCCAGGGGCACCAGAGCCUGGGAGAGCUGGGGGUGAAGAAUGGGGCUACCUUCAUCACCUUUCAGAGAUGUCGUGGAGGGUAGACGUGGAGUAGACGUGGAGCAAUAGAUGUGGAGGAGGGCUUAUUCCAUUUAUCUAUCCCAUGGUAUGAAAUAAUAUACAAACAUUAUCUGUUAAUGAUUUUGUAAUUUACAAAGAACAAUUGCAUUAGACAUAUCAGGUGUUCUUUUUGCACAACAUAAUAUAUGCUUUCUUGAUUCAAAUACCAACCAAUGUAAUACUGUAGCCUACUGAGGGAGGAUUCACAAUGAAUAAUGUCAAGCCAUCUCUUUGCUUUCUUUAUGUUAAUGUAACUGUCCAGUCUUUCCCAUACUUCUAUAAAAUAUGACCUAUAAAUACUUACAAUAAGAGUGAAAUAGUUUUCAUUCCAAAAAAUUAGAAUUAAGUAUGUUAAAAAGCAGCUUUUUUUGUGUUGGAAUUGUGUGGGCGUACACCGGUCAUUAAAAAUAUUAACUUGAGUAGACGGCUGAUUGGCCAGCUCAUCUUCCUCAGGGAAAUAAUUCAUAUGAGGAAAUGGCAAGAGUUUCUUAAAUGGCCUGUUUGAGGUACAUGUUUGAGAUGGGGUUUUCAAUGGGGUUGGGGUUUUUUUCUCCAAUUUUUGCUUUGGCCACAAAUAUGUACGGGACAAAUCAGAAACGGAACUUUUAAAAGUGAGAUUUCCACUGGGCAGUUACUUUAACUCCACCAGGCACAGCCAGAAGAGGACUAGCCACCCCUCAGAGCCUGGUUCCUCUCUAGAUCUCUUCCCAGGUUUCUGUCUUUCUAUGGAGUUUUUCCUAGCCGUGCUUCUACAUCUGCAUUGUUUACGGUUUGAUGUUUUAGUCUGGGUUUAUGUAUAAGCACUUUGUGACAUCUGCCUGAUUUAAAAAGGGCUUUAUAAAUAUGUUUGUCUUGUUUUGCUCUUGCUUGGUACUAGCUAACAAAGUGCACGAUAAGCCGGUCACCAAUCAAGUGAUUUAGUUCACCACGUUAAAUGUGCCGUUUGUGAGGUUUUAUUGAUAGAUUUGAUAUACAAUUGUUGUUUAAAGACUACUGUAUUUCUUACUUUACUGUAACAACAAAUAUUUUUGUAACUAGAAAUAUGUUUUCAAUGACAACCAAAAAGGCUAGCCAAUCAGAAGGAUAAUGAACAAAACAAAUAAUGUUUAAACAUGUAUUUAUUUUAUCUGCAUAUACGGAAUGGACAUUGUAUUCACCCUUCAUUAAAUAAACACUUAAAUAUUUAAAGCAUA